AUGGCCAUACUUAAGCGGAAAGUGUACUUCAAGUUUUUAUUUGUCUCCGGAGCGAUUUUAAUCAUAUACCGCUUUGCCAGGCUAAAAGCUGUUUUGAAUAACCGUUAUGACGCCCCGCCUCGGAAGGAGGAAUCUGGUAUCCAUGUAAUAACUAACUAUCCGCUGAUGACUGAAAAACCUUGGAACGAAAGCCAAACAGACAACAACAGAUCCAUACUAUGGCAAAGACAAGAAGAAAUAGAAGAAACAUUACAGAAAAAUCUUAACCACACCUUAGUUACAACUGUUCAUCUUCUUGUUAAUCAACCAUUAGCCGAACAAAGAUUGAGCGAACAAAAUUUUCAUAACAAACAAAAAAUAUUUGUACAUCGCACCAACUACGCCUUGCCUAAAUACAGAGAUUUUUUCGAAUACAUAAACAACAGACUCCAAAGUCAGCUUGUGGUUCUAACGAAUAUGGAUAUUUAUAUUGGCCAAGGAUUUGAAGUAGUAAAUAAAACAUUUCUGGUAAAAACCAAUAUAUCUUACGCUUUAACACGCCAUGGCCGUCAGGAAAAAAGGUGUAAUAUGGCCGGAAAACUGGGAUAUUGUGGAGUGAGCUAUUUCGGUUCACACGAUACCUAUAUUUUUGUACUUACACAACCUUUAGACGAGUCUGUUCUGGAAGAGUUCGAUUAUGACAUGCAUGUCUUUGGGGGGGAUAACAGACUGAUUUGGAUACUAAGAAACCGGAUGAAAAAGAAACUUCUCAAUCCCUGUGAAUACUUAAAGACAUACCACAACCACUGUAUUGAUAUACAUGGUAGUGUAAGACCACGAAUAAAUAGGAAUGGGAAUAAAGGUGAUGUGGUGAAACCUAGUGGGUUAUAUGAAUGACAUGAAGUACCUGUUACCAAAAAGAACAAUUCCCAAUUCAUAUAGGUAAAAGCUUCUAUUAUACGAACAUAAUCUUUUAAUAGCGCAGUACAUAUUUAAUACAAUAACGUUUUAGAUUAGCUAACUCGAUUAAUUUUGAACCGUUGCCCUUCAAUGUUUACCGGCUGGUAUAGGUUCAUUAAUGUUUACCGGCUGAGAGGUCCAUUAUACAGAAAAUAAUUUUUCCGAGGUCUCCGAAGCGAGCGGAAGGCCGAGGGACGCUUCUUAGGCAGAGGGAAAAUAUUUUUAGUACUGACCGACUUAAACGGCAAAUAAUAUGGG